AUGAUCAGAAUUGCAACUGCUCAUGCCAAGCUGAGAUUGAGUGAACAGGUGGAUGAGGUGGAUGCAAAUGACACAGUUCAGAUGAUACGAAGCCAUUUGAUUGAGAAGAUUGUGAAACGAGAGGUGAAAGUGAUCAGAAAGGAGACUAAAGUUGUUGAAAUAGAAAAGAAGGUUGGGGAGGCUGAGAAAGAGAGCAGCGAGGAGACUACAGUUGAUGAGGAAACUAAGCUGAAUGUCAUGGAGAAGAUUUGGAUGUGGCGAGAUUCAAAUAAAGGAGAAUCGAGUGUAUUGGUAGAGCAACUGGCUUCAGAAAUCAAGGCUGAUUCAAAAGUAGUAAGGCAAGUUGCAUUGGAGUUAGCUGAUUCUGAUGCAAUAAUGCUGGAAAAGGGAACAAUUUAUUUCUUAGACUAA